CAAACCACCGAACCAACCCCCAAGAGCCUCGGCCCCAAAGACGUCCUCGUCAAAGUCCACUCCGUCUCCCUCAACUACCGCGACGUCGCCAUGCUGCACGGGCAGUACCCAAUCUCCAUCAUGGACAAGGGCAUCCCCGCCUCUGACGCAGCAACCGAGGUCGUGGCCGUCGGAUCGGACGUCAAGAAGUUUGCUGUGGGAGACCAUGUGGCGCCGAAUUUCUUCUUGAACUACCUCACGGGCGAGGAGACGGGAGGCCGACAGGCGCUGGGAGGAGAUGUGGAGGGUGUUUUGAGGGAGUAUGCGGUUUUCAAGGAGGAUGUUCUUGUCAAGUUGCCCGAGUAUCUCUCUUGGGAUGAGGCGGCUACAAUUCCUUGCGCAGGCGUUACGGCUUGGACCUCGCUUGAUGGGUUGAAGAAGCUGACUCCGGGCAAAAGCUACGUUCUCUUGGAAGGCACCGGCGGCGUCAGCAUGUUUGCUCUCAUCCUCCUCGUCGACGCCGGCAUCAACACAAUCAUCACAUCCUCGUCCGACGCCAAAAUCGCCCAGCUCGAGAAGCUCAGCCCCCUCGUCACGGGCGUCAACUACAAGACUCACAGCGACGUCAGCACCGAGGUCAAGCGCAUCACCGGCGGCAGGGGCGUCGACGUCGUCAUCAACAACAGCGGCAUCGGCAACAUUCCGUCCAACAUUGAGUCUGUCGGCACCCAUGGAGACAUUGCGAUUGUGGGAUUCCUUGGAGGGUGGGAUGCGGACUGGAGUCCGAGCGAGCUGCUGAAGCUCCUCUUUAAGCCUGCUUCUCUGCGUGGAAUUGGCGUCGGCACGAGGCUCGACUUUGAGAAUCUGAAUGCCCAUCUGGCCCAGCGAAAGAUUGCGCUCAAGACGCUGGUGGACAAGGUGUUUGCGUUUGACGAGGCCAAAGAGGCGUUUGACUACAUGUAUGCGGGCCGCCACGUCGGCAAGAUCAUUGUCAAGGUG